AUGAUCAUUGAGGACUAUGGAUCUGUAGGGACCAAAAGAAGUUGGGUUGAAGAGAGGGUGCAAAUGGUGGUCUUAAUGAAGAUGUGGUUCUUAGCUGAACUACUGGAAUUACAGGCACAGAACCACACCCUUGGGUUUUACUUCGUGGUCGAAGAUGCUCUGGCUGAAAUUGCAUUGAUGUGUCAACGGUUUCUUUCACCAUGGCAGGAGUUUGGCCGAUCACUGCUAGCACAGGAGGAUUCCAAAAAGGAAGAGAUCGCCGCCGACACCGAAGGAUGCCAAGAAGAUGUUGUAGCUGGAGAUGGGACGAACACUGUUUUUGUUAUAGCGGGCGCUCGUUUGAAGGCAUCUCUUACUCUUUUAUCUCCUGGCAUUCACCCAACGGUUGUUUCAGAUGCCCUCCACAAGGCUUGGAUUAAUGCUGUUGAGAUUUUAAGGACUAUGGCGAUUCUUGUGGAGUUAUCGCAUCAUGAUUCACUGGUUAAGUCAGCCUCUACUUCUUUGGAUUCCAAGGUUGUCUCAAUACUCUUAUCUUUUAGCCCCAUUAGCUCUUGA